CGCGCGCUCGGAUCAUUCAGCAGACGCUCAUGUGCGGAGACUCCCGCUGACUCUCACUUCUAGAAGACAUCCUCGCGCAGCUCAUAAGACGGGCUGUGUCUAGUUUAAGAAGCUUGCUUGUAAAACUGACGCCCCUUUUCCUCUCUUUGAGCCAUUACUAAUCUGAUCCAGUUGUCUCAGAACCUGCUGAGCGCACUCUCCGGACACUUUGAACAGGUGGCGCAGCUUCUCCAUUCGUCUUUUACGCACGAGCGGACUCAACGGACGUUUCGACUUUAGCAGGAUACCUGCCAUUUAACAAGGUGGGCGCAAGUAGAGCCGAGGGUCUUCUUCUCUUGUGGAAGAAGCUUGACAAAGAGCUGAGGCGACCAUGAGCCACGGGUCGCAGGAUGGGAAGACCUCGAGCAACCCCGAGGAGGAGAAAAUCCUCGCGGAUUCCUUGCUCAGUCCCGAGGCGAUGGUGGUCAAGAGCUUUUACCACACCAAGCGGGUCGGAAACUACCUGAUCGGCAGGAAGCUGGGAGAGGGGUCGUUCGCCAAAGUUAGGGAGGGUCUCCAUGUUUUGACGCGUGAGAAGGUGGCGGUGAAGGUAAUUGACAAGCGAAAGGCCAGGAAGGAUUCUUACGUUAUCAAGAACUUGAGGAGAGAGGGCCAAAUCCAGCAGAUGAUUUGCCACCCCAACAUCGCCCAGCUGCUGGACAUCCUGGAGACGGACAACAGCUAUUACCUAGUGAUGGAGCUGUGUCCAGGCGGGAAUCUCAUGAACCGUAUCUACGACAAGAAGUGCCUGGAAGAAAGGGAGACGCAGAAAUACAUCCGGCAGCUGGUGCUGGCUGUUGAGCAUCUGCACAAGCUCGGCGUGGUGCACAGAGAUCUGAAGAUAGAAAACCUCCUGUUGGAUGAGCAGGACAACAUCAAGCUCAUAGAUUUUGGCCUCAGUAACGUUGCCUUCAUCUUGGGAUACUCUGACCCCUUCAGCACUCAGUGCGGCAGCCCGGCCUAUGCUGCUCCUGAGCUGCUCUCCAGGAAGAAGUACGGACCAAAGGUGGAUGUUUGGUCCAUUGGUGUGAACAUGUACGCGAUGCUGACUGGGACUCUGCCUUUCACGGUGGAGCCUUUCAACCUCCGAACUCUGCACCAGAAGAUGGUGGACAAGGAGAUGAAGCCUCUACCCCCUUCCCUUUCCACCGCUGCCAUCUGUCUGCUAAAGAAGCUUCUUGAGCCAGACCCCAACAAGCGUCCAAAUAUUCACCAGGUGAUGGCUGACUCUUGGCUGCAGCUUGCCAACAAGAACACAGGAACACCAUACCUCAAGAGGAUGCACAUUGAAGAAGUGAACCACACCGUUUUAGUACAUAUGACAGAGAAGAUGGGCUAUAAGCAUAGUGAAGUGCUGAGUGCUGUUCUUUGCAACCGUGCCUGCCACACUUUGACUGUCUACUACCUUCUCAAGAAGAAAUUGAAGAGACUCUCUACAGAGUACAGGGAAUCGCAGCUCCAGGAGAAAAAAAAAGGCGAAAAGGAGAAUAAUGAAUACUUCCAGACCCAGUGGAGGAAGCACGUUGACAAACUCACGAUCCCCCCUAAACAAACACCCAUCUACCUGGCUGUUAGCAAGGGAGCCAACAAGGAAAAGAAACACAAAUUAGGUUUAUUAAGAGCAAUAACAGUGGGUCAUCGUAAAUCACCUCUGGCACCACCUGGCACAGUUGCUUCGUCAUCCAUGGAAUACCUGGAGAUCCAUCCUCUCUUUCCCAAUGCUCCACAGCAACGAAGGCGCCUUGCCACCCUCCCGCCAGUCAACACAAGUCCGGAACACAACAUUCCUGCUCCUCCAGCUCCAUCGCCAAUUGGCAUGCAUUCCUUUGGAUCACUUGUCAAAGCUGAACAAAUUGAAGAUGUGCCUACGUCACCCUGGUACAAGUUGACCAAUGGUACUCUGUCACCGCCACGCCACAUCUCUGCCUUUCAACCUGAUUCAUCUUACUUGAAAAAAGCCACAAUCCCAAGUCCUCCUAUUCUCAUUGCCAACCCCCAGCCCAAGAAGGUCUUAUCAUCAGAUAUGUGUGGGUCUUCAGACACCAGUGGAAGCCCCCCAAGCACUAUAGGGAGCCCUCCUGGAACUUCAGCUUUUAGCCCUCCAAAGUCUGCCUUCAGUCCACUUAAGCCCAUUUCAGCAUUCAGUCCUCCCUCCACCAGCGGGAACAGUGAUCAGGGGAGCCCAACACAUCGCAGCAAAUUUCCCUCUAUGGGAAUAGGACACAUGCUGAAGAAGAAGGUCCAGCUGGAGCCAUUUGAAUUCCGACCACAACAAUGUGUAGAGGAAGUGGUGUCCCCACCUCCUUACCCCCUGAAAACGCUCCUGUGUGCUUCAGGUGCACUUAAGACCCUCUGCUGAGCGAUGCACGAAAAAUGGACAAAAAAACAAACAAACAAAAAAACUGACUAAACUCAAAGCCCCUCUCAACAGUUUGUUGAAGUUGGAGACGUCUUUCAGAGUGGCCUUUUGAACUGUGAACUCUCCCUAUAUUGCCGAGCUACUUUUUAUGGUACAUUUCAUUAUUGAAAGAAGACAAAAGUCUGAAAAUUUAACACAUUUAACAGUUACCUCUUAUUACUUGUUAUGUAUUAAAAGGUGACGACAUUGAGAAGAUUACGUUUGAGCAAUGACUAAACCUCGUUGUGUCCUAGAUACAGAGCCUUCUCAACCCAUGUACACACACAUGUAUUAUAGACCAAUGUAUAGGUGUUCCCUUACGUAUUUUGCUGUAACUGGUUUCAGAUUAAGCAGCAAACUGAUUCUCACCAGCUAACAGGCCCCAACUUCUACCCUAACCCUGACUAUAUGUGUAAGUGUUUUGUCUAUGUGAACUCUGUAUGAUAGCCACUGACCUCCAGCCGGCUAGCACUGUACCCUAAUCGCUGGCUAAGGGACAAAGCUCACUGCACUAUUCUUGAAAACCAAAACUCUUUGGAACAUCUGUAUUGACUUUUACCUCACUGCAUUAGUCGAUCUUCACUGCUUAACAGGAAUCUACGGUAGUUUGGUGUGCUUAUGUGAAUUGUGCCACUGCACUGCCAUGUCUAGUGGAAAUAAUCGCCACAAUAAAACAGACGUAGUGACCAAGAGUAGAGUAACAUUCACACUUUUUAUAAACUCUCAUGAACAGUCAGUAGUAACACCUUUCUAGCAUUUUAUAAAGAACUGCCUUCAUUUCAAACUCACGGGGAAACUUAUACUGUAGCAGUCUUAGUUAAGUUUUUUCACAGCUGAACAUUCCAGUUGACAGUCAGUUUUAAAGAUAGAAAUAUAAAAAUAAAGCAUCAAAAGCCUUAUGAAACUGAUACACCUCACCAAAAGGCAGAGAGCAAUGAACGUGAGACGUGUGUCACACAACAUCCCUGAAAAUAAUUUACUUAUUUUUGUCGUAAUGCUGUAGUUUGUGCAAUAGUCUUUAAGUGUUAACUGCAACGAUGAGUAUUUGCCAAGAGCGACCUGAGAGCGUGAAGGAAAUUGUUCUUGUACAUAGGUUUAACGCUUGUGCUCUCGUCAUGCCAUUUUGUAUGAACAGAAUUUAAAAAAUGUUAACUGACAUGUUUUUACAAAAAAAAAAAAAAAAAAAAGCCUAAGCUUUUUCACUGUUAAAUACUGUAGACUCUCUUCCUGUUCAAGCAAAAGGUCGCAUGGUUCAAACUGUGCUGUCAACAUUUUAAAUUAUGUCUUUGUAACUUUUUCUUUUUUAAACUGAGAUUGAUACGUGCUCUCGGGGGGGUUUGUAAGAUUUUGUAAGGAACGGUUUUGUUUGAUUGUUCAGAGAUUUUUAUGCUGUAUAAAGUAUUUUAAAUAUUUAUAAUGAAA